AUGACGAAUCCAAACAAGGACCCCUAUGUUUCUAAAGCGACAAAGAAAGCACUCAUGAUAAAAAUCUUUAGUUCAACACCAAAUGCUUGGUUUAUGGAUAUCUUGGAAAACAUUCCGAGAGUUAGAACAGAUGGACCACCAUACUGGCUAAUAUUUGUCGGUCAAAACACAAGAUACUGUGAAGCCAUACCAUUAUGGUCCAAAAAUAUUUUAGAUGUGAAAACUGCUUUGACAAUAUUCGUUGACAAAUACCAUCCAACAAAACUGACAUCUGACUGUGAAAGUUCUUUCAAAUCAGAUGAUGUAAAAAACUAUCUGCGUUCAAAAAAUGUAAACCAAUAUUUCAUUGUCGACCAAAACCAUUCUGCUCUUGGUGUCAUUGACGGUUGUAUAAAAAUGUUAAGAGACUUAAACCAACCACAAGGUGGUGA